AUGUCCGACACGUCGUCGACAGGAGCCCACCAACGGCCUCUCCAGCCGCUCUCCCCCGUCCCACGUCGUUGGUCGCAGAUCCCACCGAGUGGUACUAGUAACGACAAUACGGGUUCUCCAGGAUUACGUGGCCACGCCGAAGGGACGUCACCAGGAGGUUCCCCCUUUGGUGUCCGGACGCAGGCGGUGAUCGAUGAUGUGGAGAAGAUGUUAUCCCGUCUGUCUGACGCCGCUGAAGCAGCCGAAGAACAGACAAACAAUCAAGCACGGUCUCUGGGAGAAGAAGGGACAGUCAGUAGGGAUUCGUUCUACACCGCCCCGUCUGAACCGGACGACACGAACGCGAGCACGAGUGAUGCGACGGCCACCCUGCAGCCUCCUCGUCCGCGGUUCCUCUCUACUCGUCGGUCUGCCGAAGCUUUACGACCUCGCUCAGACGGUCUGGGAGCAGGAACGGGUGUCCCCAAACUAGACCCAGCCAGGAUGAGCCUCUUCUCCCCACCCCGUACGGCAUUCGGCAGUGGGAGCGGGCUGUUGAGAAAGGCGGAAUCGAAUACAAACCUCUCGGACCGGUUCAACUUUCGAAGAGCUGGGGAAGGGUCUGCCUUUGGGAUUCCUGCAACUGGGACGGACACGCCGACCAGGUCGAGAUUGAUCGGGAGUAGGGAUUCACCAUUACGACGCUCCUUCAGACCGGAAGAACGGGGAGGGGAGGUCGGGACGCCAGUAGGGGAAAAGAUCGUCAGGCCACGUUCUACACCGCCUAGAGAAGAAUCUGGGGGAAAGAGUGACCCGACACGAGAGACGAGUCCUUCGAAGGACAUGUUCGGACCUAGAAUAAGGCCGACUCUUCCUCCUCGAAGACCAACGGAGGAGUCUAUCUCCUCUCCCGUGACGUCUAGACCGACUUCCACCUUUUCGCUCCCCGUGACCCGUCCUUUGAACACGCCACGUAUGCCUCCUCCUCUCCCACCGCGAACUCGGAGCGCAGCAUCGGUCUCCAACUCUUCAGUGCACGAUGACGCGGAAUCCAUCUCCGGUACGAGUAUGGACUAUACCCCCAGCGAAGCGGGAAGGAAAUUGGAAAAGGCCUUUAGAUCGAUAGGAUCUACCCGAUCUGGAGAUUCGACCUCCAUAGGGAGUCUGUUGGAUACGACGGAGAGCGAGAGAAAUUCGCACUCGAAUUCAAACUCGAACGGGUUCGGAGGCGGUGCUGGGUCCGUUUCGGCAAGGAACGUACCGCUUCCAUCUUCCCCUGCCGGGUCGAGGCUCGCCCCGUCGACCAGGGCAGACCCGGAAGAAGAGGAAGCAGAAGAGGAGGAAGUGGAGGAUCUGGUCCGGACCCCGAGAGCGUUGAACUUGACCCCUCGAGAACCGGUCACUCCGACUCUGAACAACCCGUACCCUAAGCCGGCGAGGAGCUGGGUGAGAGAUCCAUAUGUCGCCCGGCAUCUCGAAAACAUGGGGAUCGAAGGGCCGAGGAGGGAACUGUUGACUCCUGUGGAAGAGAGAACCGAGAGGACGAAGAGUUGGAGUAGCAGUGGGGUCAGCGUGGAACCUCUAGGUAAACCGUUACCUCUGGUACCGCCCAUCGAAGGUCUACCGCCAUCGGCAUUCUACAACCCUGCUCCUUCCAUCGAGCCGCGAACCCCAGCGAAAGCUUCGAACCUGAUCAAGUUUUUCGAAAGCGCUGGCGGAAGCCCUUCUGCUCCUGGCCCGAGCACUGGUCUGGGCCAUGUUCGAGGAGCCAGCGUUCCGGAGGUUCAACAACAAGAUGAAUUGCUGCAAAGCCGACCGGUAGUCCCGGCUUAUCCUGGUAGUGGAUCUCUCCCCCCUCGGCCUGUACCUGAAACUACACUCGCUGCCGAACUCCCAGUCGCGGUCACUGCGCUUCCCGAACCGGGCGUGUUGUCAAACUUGCGCAAGGGGUCUUCAUCGCCCUUGAGAAGUGUAAGGAACGUUGUCGCGGCCUGGAGAGGAAGGGUCUUGCCGCAUUCUCGAUCAGGUCCUACGGAUCACCUUCAGUCUGGAGGCGUGCCCCCCACUCCCAAUCCCGAACUGAUCGCAGGCCAAACCGACGAUGACGACAGGAUCAUACGAGACAAACACAUGUUCGACGAUGCGUUCGUUACGAUCAGGAGAAAGAGCACCCGGCGUCGACAAGCUGGGACGGAUUCGCCCGCCCCUCCUUAUGAAGGUCCGCGGAGUCCGAUAGCUUACCAAGCCCCGACGUCUUCGCGGGAUAUCGGGAUCGAGAAACCUCUUCCGCUGAUACGAGAUAUAGCCGACGAGGCGCCAAGAAAGCCGCGAGGACAGGUGGUCAGCACCUAUACCGAAAUGACAUCCGAACCUCGUCGGAUCGGCGAGUUGUGGUAUCUAAACGUCCACGGAGGCGAACCUUAUACCUGGAUCAAGUGCGAUGCCGAACUGUUCGAGGACCGCCUGGUCUUGAGCUGGAUCCCUGAAAUCUCGCGCGGAAGUCGAGGGGUGGUGACCCUCGAUCUCACUCAUUGUCAGGAGGUUCGAUCGGUACCGAGCCCAAAUCAUCACAGCGCCCGGGACGAUAUCGGAAGUAUCGCCGCCCGGAAUCAUCCCGACCCAACCCUAGCAGGAACUCUUUACCCGUUUCAGAUGAUCUACGAAGAUGGACUGGAGAGGCUAGGUAGUAGCAGUGCUAGAGACCGCGUUCGAUGGGUAUCGGCUAUAUGGGAUGUACUUGAGCACGGACCAGACCGGUCAAACGCGUUAGAGAAUGGAUCUGCUUUGGGCUCUUCGGAUGCAGGGUCGAGAACGACACGACUAGAAGAACCUGCCGAUGCACGAGAGGCUCAGCACAACGGUUACCGCAACUCUCGAGCGAUGGACGACGGGCACAUUCACGACUCUGAAGGAAACAUGAUGGCUCUUACGCGUGGCACCAGCAAGCGAUUGACAGGACGUUCGGGAUCGAUGCUACGAAGGAUCGCUUCCGAGGCGGAUCUGGAGAUCGGUUUGGAUUCGAUGCACCACGCCUGGCAGGGGGACGUCUCGCCCCAUCUACCUCCCGCUGCAAGGCAGUCGCCUUCCUUUCUCACAGCGAGGGGCAUGUCGCAAGGUGUUCCGCCGCUAUCUCCUUCGACCACUUUGCUCACUGAGACAGACAUUGGACCGUCCGCCUCCAUGUCCGGUCAAACGCCAGACUUCUUUAGUGCCAGGUCGGAUGUCUUCGGAUCAGCCUUUUCGCAACAGACUCUCGGACGUCGAGGAGCCCGAAGAGUGCCACCGUCUCGUGAGGCUAGUCAAUUCGAAACACCUGUGGAAUUCAGCACACGCGGAAGCUAUGUCACCCCCGCUUCAACGGCCACUGGUAUUGACAGUCAGGCGACCAUCCGUCCUACGAACCAUCGGCGUGCGAGUGACCGAUCGGACACGAUGUCUGCAGUGUCUGCUGUGACAUAUCAAACCGGCUUCCUCGACAUGUUAGAAGAAGAAUCAGUCCUGGACGACUUUCAGACAGCUUCCCAGGGCGAAAGAAGAAGAGGUCCUCUAGGACCGCGACAAUCCUUGCGCAUCGCUCCUCCUCGCCAGAAUACUCGAACCACGAAUUACUUUACAGCGACUCAGGGCACAGAGGCGUCGUAUAUCUCGGCUACCAGCGGACAACCAUCUUCUCCGGUAUCUUCUGGCUCACAUGCUGCGUCUGCUGUCGAUCGUGUCUCUGCCACUUCACUUACUUCCAGUAGGACUACAGUGCAAAGCGUUCACGAUUCGUCCGUACCUUCCUCGGUCUAUGUGCCUCCUGUUAGCCAACCGCCUUCGAGAACAUCGAAAAGCUCGUCAGCUAGUCGAAGCACCCUGACUAGCUCUUCCGUUACAAGUAGUAGCCGAACCUCUUCGUCAAUAAGCCAGACCACAACUUCGUCAACUCGAACAGUGAGGGCAGAUUUGAAGCCGCCCGUUGAUGACGGGGAACCACAAGCCAACGAUCCUACCGAGGGUAUCAGGAAUCAGCUGAGCCGUAUCGAAGAGCAAGUAGCAGGAAUCGGGUCCUAUCUCGCCGUGAAGCCUCGGACCCAUAGCAAAAAGGCGACAAGCGCGAUACGUACUGCAACAACGGCGGAGUCCCCACCUUCCCCUUCACUAUCGUCCUCAUCGAGCUCCUCUUCCAGAAGCAGCAGCAGCAGUAGUGCUCCCACCACUCCGACCGAAACCUCCUCUGGGCUGAACAGAAACAUCAUCGAGAUUAGGGACGGGGUGGACGAGGUUCUAGAUCGGAGUGACGCGAUCCUCGAUGAGCAGCAGAAAUUGCGAGAGCUACUGGAGGAGCAGAUUCCUUGGCAAAAAGAUCAGAUGACAGGUCGAGUACCUACUCUGCACCGUAUUGAGGACCUAUUACUUCGCUUGCUGGUCAGAUCAGGCGAUUCCGAGAUCCUGGACGAAGCUGGAUACCAGAAAGAUCGAGUAUCCGCGUACAGUCCGCAUCGGAGCGCUAGCGCACAUUCCCGUUUCAGCACAGACGAGACGAAUACCUCUGUCUUUUCCAAUGAAGACGGGCUGCGUGCUCCGCCUCCACCAGGCAGUCUCGCUACUAAUUUCCGCCCUUCCCAUGCUGGCGAUCGAGCCAGUCAAGUCUCGAGCUCGCUGCUCGUUACCACACCGAGGAUCGACGGAGAAUUGGACGAGAUGUGGGAAUUGCAGAAUCUACCGGAUGGAUCUCCCCCUCCCGCUCGGGAUCGUCAGCGUGCUGCGCCUCCUGAUCUCUCUUUCUUGCGACGACCACAAGGAGAAGCCCAGCCUGCGUACGACGAUGAAGAGGACGAUUACGAAGCUGACGCCCAGCAGGAUGAGAUGUCCCAAGCAGAAAGCCCCCAGAUUCGCCCGGUACCAGCGCCGAGACCUAUUGCAAUCCCCGAUCGUCAAGCUUACGAUCUGCCCAGAACCCCUGAAAGCAGUACACCAACACCUCCUCGACCGAGAACGCAUCGCCCAGGACCGGCGCCAGAACCUCUGAACAUUCCAUCUCCGGUAUUACCCGGUCGACCGUCGAACAUGGCGCCCAGCUCCUUCAGACCUCCCCCAACGAUGCAACUGCCGAUGCCCCGGCCUUCGAGAUUGGCAGGUACUCGAGAACCCAUGACGACCACUUAUUUCCGGCGAGGCUUCCCACCGCCAAUGUUUCCUCCUGGCGUAGUAGGACCUCAUAUGGGACCGUAUCGUGGAGGGGUACCUCCUGGCCUGCCUGGAUUCGGCGGGCCCUUUGGGCCGAACGUAUUUCCCCGCCCUGGUUACCCUCCUCCUGGAGCAGCCGGGGGAGGGUACGGCUUGCCUCGGAGGCCUCUCUUCCCGUCUCGUCCACCCCGGGGAGAUCUCACUCCGCUCAGCCGAUCUUCUCGUACUGUUUCCUAUACGGAUUAUAGCGACGAGAGCUCCGAUGGCACUCUUGAAGAGGUCAAGGACGCUGUUGAGCAUCUUGAUCAGACUCAACAUCAUGCCAUUGACAAAGCGCAAGCCUUGGCGGAAGCUCAAGGCCAACAAACCAACGAGAUCGGCCGAUAUCUUCACGAGCUAGGCGAAGUCAUGGACUCGAAUAGGAAAGACCAUUACGACGAGCUCUUGACAUUGCACGAGGACAUCGGCAAGAUUCGCGAUCAGAUCGCACGAGGAGGACUGAACGCGCAGACCGAGGUCAAAAUCAUCCCUCCGCCAGAAGAAGCCGCACCUGUGCCUCCUCCCAAGACCGCACCCGUGAACGUCAAGGUUCAUCAGGUUCCCGAAAUCUUGACGCCUGCCCAGCCAACUACUCCAACCCCUGUUCAACCUCCUGCUCAAACUUCGGUCUCGGUGAAUGUGCCGAUCCAAGCGCCUCCCGCUGCCAUCAUGAGUGUGCACGAGCACUCUGAAAACGGGAGUCCGGUGCCUCGAUCCCCAAUUCCUCUCGUUGUCGACAAGGACGCCGAACAGGACGCAAUGCUGCGAGAUUUACAGAGGAAAGUCGCCCUGUUGUUACAGAACAUGGCCGGAGACGACCGCGGAAAGGUUACCGAAGUUGAGAUCACUCACCAGCCCAGCGAUGUUCAACCUGGCGACAAAGAGACCAUCAAGAUAACCGAGGUUCAGCAGGGUCCCGGUCCUCUGCCACCGAAAUCCGAUCACGACGAGAACAUCCGCAUCACGGAGAUUCAUACGGGACCGGCGCCAUCUUCAGCGGUACCGGUAGUUGAAUCUCUCCCGACGAUCGUACCAUCGCAGCCAUUGUCUGUUCCUGCAGCAGCUCCGUCG